AUGGCAGGGCUAACGUACAGAGAACAAAUUGCUGGCUUUCCAGUCAAGCAGAUGGUGGUGGUGUCACUUAUCCGAUUCUCGGAGCCUCUUGCAUUUACCUCAUUGUUCCCAUACUUAUAUUUCAUGAUUCGUGAUUUCCACAUCGCCCCUAGUGAAGAGGAAAUCUCCAAAUACUCCGGUUACUUGGCGUCGUCAUUUGCUUUCUUCCAAUUUGUCUUUGCUGUUCAGUGGGGUAACAUGUCCAAUCGUGUGGGCAGAAAACCUGUUCUUCUCUGUGGAUUAUUGGGGUCGUCCGUAUCAUUGAUAAUCUUUGGUUUCAGUACCAACUACUACAUGGCAUUCUUUGCUCGGUCACUUUCGGGUGCUUUGAAUGGAAACAUUGCCGUUUUAAGAACGGUUAUCGGAGAAAUCUGUGUUGAAAGAAAGCACCAAGCCAUUGGUUUCAGUACCCUUCCUUUGCUCUUUAACUUGGGAGCCGUUAUCGGCCCACUUAUUGGAGGAUCUCACUGGUUCACUAGACCUAGUGAUCACAAUCCUUAUGAUAAGGAGUCUGCUACUAUCGAGGGAGUAGCCGGUGCAUUUGACAAAUUCAGAUCUAACCAUCCAUAUGCCACCUCCAACAUAGUCGUUUCCCUUUUCCUCAGCUUCAGUUUUAUUGUGGGUGUUCUCUUCUUGGAAGAGACAAACGAUAAAUUCAAAGACAGAAGGGAUUACGGUCUUGACAUUGGAGAUUCUCUUAUUGCACUUGCGGGCUUCAAACGUCCUACUCGUGUAUGGAACAAGAUUAACGAUUCCGAUGAGACUUCUCCAUUGCUUGAAAGCUCCAUCUACGCACCAGACCGUGAAACUGCCACCGGAUCUGCAAGUGAAACUGCCUCUGAGACCCAGUCCAUUGAGUCACUCAACAAAGUGUUAGAUGCCGAGGAUGAAGAGAUUGAGGCAGCUCCUUUCAUGUCAAAGGACAUGUCCAACGCUGUUGUUCGCAGAUACUCUCUGACCUCGCAGGUAUCCUUCCGCCCUCCCACUAAAGCUUUGACUCCACAAGUGAUCACCGUGAUUCUUUCCAAUUGUAUGAUAUCCCUUCACAACAUCUCUUUCGGAGAGUUCCUUCCUGUGUUCCUAGCUGCUCGUUUCCAGAAAGAUGCCCUACAAUUCCCAUUCAAAAUUGUUGGAGGUUUCGGGCUUGACUCAAACUACAUCGGUACGCUUUUCUCGUCUACAGGAGUCAUGGGAAUGAUGAUUGUGCUCGUAAUCUUUCCCUGGAUCGACCGUAAGCUCGGAACCAUGGAAGGAUACAGACUCUCGCUCAGCUUCUUCCCUAUUGUUUAUGCAUGUGUUCCGUUGUCGAUUUUCACGCUUCACAAGUACAACGAGUCGAUUCCUACGUGGGUCACACCAAUUGUUCUUUACUCAUUGACUUCGCUCAGAACGUUGGCAUCUGCUACAGGUUUGCCGCAAGUGAUGCUUUUAAAUCACCGUGCCGCGGCCAAGGAACACCGUGCGUACGUCAACUCUCUUACUAUGAGCAUGUUGGCGUUGGCCAGAUGUUUGGGCCCCAUUAUCUUCGGAUAUUUGAUGACAUUGGGUGACUCUCACAAUAUUGGCUGGGUCUCUUGGUGGAUAAUGUCGCUCAUGGCACUCUUUGGACUUGUUCAGUCCUACUACAUGAAAGAUUACGAAGAUUGA